AUGGCCGCCAUGGAACCGUCACAAACACGUGACGACCUAGCUCACGACCAAAACUCCCCAAAACACAUUCCUUUUGACCUCACUGUUGAGAUACUCUCGAGACUUCCUGCGAAAUCAAUCAUCAGGUUCCAAUCCGUGUCAAAGCUCUGGUGCUCUAUCAUCCGCAGCAAAGAUCUCGCAGACGCGUUCCUGAUUCAUUCAAAGACUCGACCACGUCUCCUUUUCACAUUCAAGCACUUCGAUUCCCGUAAGCGUUUCAUCUUCUCAGCUCCUGAACAUGGCAUCGAAGAGAACUCAUCCACAGCCAGGCACGACAUGACGAUCUCAGAUCUCGUCUACUACAUCAGAUCUCGCCCUGUGAAUGGUCUGAUAUGUUGCACACGUGGUUCAUCGAUAGCAGUUUGUAAUCCAACCACAAGACAAAUCUUGAAACUGCCUGAUGUUACACUCAACGGAAGAGACAUGUACGCACGUCUAGGUUACGAUCCUGUCCAAGACCAGUACAAAGUCUUGUGCGUGAUGAUGUUUAAUGGUAUAGACAGCCGCACAAGUGACAAUAUACAACAGGAGCAUUUUGUUUUCACAUUGGGAUGUCAACAACAAGAAUGGAAAAAGAUUGAGUUCGUCGACGGAGAUCCCUACACGCAUUUUCUCGGUGGGAUUUGCAUCAAUGGUGCUAUAUACUUUGUAAUUGGAGAUUUUAAGAUAGCUAGGUUUGAUGUUAGAUCCGAGAAGGUGAAAUUUAUUAACACACCACAAGAAGAUAUGUUAAACGAAGAGGAUAUCAAGAAAGUAGCCGUUUAUCAUCACUCAAACGGACAUAUCACAACCAUAAAUGCUUACUGUUGGACUCUUGUAAACCACCAAGGUAAGUUAGGAGCAACUGAUUAUAGGUACUUCCGUCUUAUGCGUUUGUGGAUUCAAGAAGAGAAGGAGGACGCAUGGACGAUCAUGACAUGUGAUGUGCCUACUGAGUGGGAAAAUUUAUUCUUAAAGAUAGAUCCAUCUUCUCCAGGAGAGAUUCAUACAGGAGAAGUUAUGUUGGUGUCUGAUACGUUGGAGGCAUCUAAGCCUUUCACUGUUUACUAUAACGAUGUGGUCAGAAAGAGUUUCAGAAGUGCAAAAGUGGAAGGUAUUGCGGAUAGCGAGUUUAGACGUCGUAUCCAAGGUAUUCGUAAGCGUAAUCGUAAGAUGUUGAGUUUUCCAGGUCACAUUGAGAAUAUCAUGUUCUUGUCUUGUUAA